AUGCGAGUUGCGCAGGAGAUUACCGCCAGUGAUCCUGCCUGUGCGGCGUUGGGCUGUGAGCCUGUUGGCGGCAAAUGCGACGUGGACACAAAUGGAGAGCGCUACUGCAAGUGGGCCUCACCUUGUGGCUCGUGCCCCGAGGGAGCCACCUGCAAAAAUUACCUGAAGCCAAGCACAAACGAGCUCAUUCCUUACUGUUCGUGCCCUAGCGGGUAUGGGAUGACCGAGACCAGCUGUGUUCAAGGUGGAGCUCCCACCGUCUCUUCCUUCAGCUACACAUUCAUCAAGAACGAAACAGCCAAGGACGCGUCUUCUCGACCCUGGACCUUUCGCCUCAACCCGAAUGGGUGCACUCAAAUUCCGGCUGCAGUGGCUGGCACGGUCACAUCAUACUAUGACCUUCAAAACAUUGGCGAUGCUCCAGCUUGCCGCAAGGUUGCUUACUACGUUGCAGAUAAAUGCGAAGGCAAAAUCGAUAUCACAAGCUCCUCACGCGUUCAAAUCCCGUUUCUUGGAUCAUAUGUUCCAAACCCGCUGGGCAUGCAGGUUCCUGGCUCAAUUCUGUGCACUCCGUAG